GGAGCAGGAACCUUGCCCCAACUUGAGUCAUUGCCUGUGAUCUGGUUGACUUGAAGCUGACAGACAACACGGUUUUGCUUUAAGCAACACAUUGCUUUAAGUUUCCACUAGGGGCUCCUGGCAUCGCUACUAGCAGCAAGGACGCUACUAGAGGCUCCUAAACACACUCGCAGCGAGAGUUCUUCAAGGAAGCUUCUCCCAUAGGUUCAACAAGCGCUACACUGACUCUGUGACUUUGCAUGUAGGUACCUUCGCGUCCUGUCGCUACUGAACUAGGUACUUCCUGUCGCUAAUACCCCCAACAACAACAGCAACAACAACAAGUACAACAAGUGGCAGUGUUUUUCAAUUAAGUCAAGAUUCAAAACGGUCAUCAAAGCCAUGAAGUGACAAGAUGAGACGACUUCUCGGAUGGAGUCCAUGGCCUCCAUUGGUUUGGUUUUGCUGAUUCUUCAGGUGGAUUCGCUCAGGAACGACUGUGGAAGUCAUCACUCUCCACAAAUUGGCCAAAGGCCGCAAAGCCAAUCAUAUAGGUGCAAUCCGCACACUAUAACCCUGUGAAACAGUUAUUGAUUCCUAUCACAGCAGCCGGCUGGGUAGUGGACGUAGACGUGGGGUCUCCUUAUCUCAGCUUUCUCAGCUUUCCUCUCAGACAGACUUGCAACAUAUUAUGAACACAUGAACACUAGCAUUAGCAAAGCAACAGAUUCAGCCGUAGCACAAAAUAGAUGGCCUUUCUGAGAAUGGGGAAGUUGGUGUUUUACUUGAAACGCCCUGUCGCUUCGUGUCCAAGAGCUUGAUUCAGUUUCGCCAAUACCCUCCAGCCCGACCUCAAUAAAUGGAUGCAUAAGCUUCUGAAAGAGCUCAGCCACAGAGGGGUCUUAGGUUUGCUCCUCACCUGGACCGGUUCCCCAGGUAUUUGGAUUUGGGACUAUCGAGAUGCUCCUUACAGGUUGGACCGCAUUCUUUCUUCACCACCCGAGUCUAAGUUCUCCCUUGCUUGGUACAAGCAGAAUGCCCGACGGAUUGCAAAGCCAGAUGCUGCCUUCAAAGUUGCGAGGUACGUUCUCAGUGAUGCUCCAAGACAACGCAUGUUGGUUGAGGAAAGGGGGGACCUUGAAAGCUCCUCCACAUCGCCUAAUGGGCCACCGGUGGCAACACAAUCGCCAACCUUUUGGACGCCCCCUCCUCUCAUCAGCAGUGGAAGCAUUUUUUCAGAGGACCCUUUACGCGUGAGACGCACGAGCCCUGUGCGACGACUCAGCAUGAAGGACUUCGCACAAAUGAAGGUGUUGGAUGCGAAUGCAGUGCCGCAUACGGGAGAGAGCGAAGACAGCAGCGACACUGAGGAUGGUUCUGAGACUCACUCCUAUCUUCAGGUGCAGGAAGACUGAGCCUGUGACACUUUUCAUUGUCACUGCCUGUGCUGUUUCACACUAGCCACAUCACAAGACCUGGAAGUUUCACUUUGGGAGAGCUCAAUACAAGG